AUGCGUCGCGAUGAUGUAGACAAAGCGGUCCGAAUGCGGGAUGUUGGUAUGAAAAGUGAACAAAGAAGAGGACGAAGGGCGAGAUGGAAGAAUUUGUACCUAGUCUACUAUGAUCGCACUGUCGACAAUCGCGUGAGGUCUGGGUUCCUGGACAAUAGGCUGCACCUGCGAAUCCUAUUGAGGGAGCGGUCGGCGUGCAGUCUCAAGAGCCAUGACAAUGAUGCUCUGGAGCAGAACGACGUCCCGGUGCAGAGCGAGAUCCUCGAAGCCAGAAGCGGUCUUGCAUAUGAGAGAUGCCCGAGGAAACAUGAUUUUCGAGCUUACGUACCACAUAACACUGAUCGCCCUCUAGGCCUGAUCAGCUAUGUUCUUGCUCGUAACAAUGAUCCUGCCUGCGUUAUGGCACGUUCCUGUCUCUCCAUCAUGACAGGAAAUCACGCUGACCUCGACAAGCCCGAAUGGAGGUACGGCAAGAUUUUCAAUGCAGCUUUGGAGGAGUAUUCCUUUCGCUACCGCCGAGCUAGUGGCAGCCAUGGCGGGUACUGCGUUUGGCACCGGACGCCUUGA